AUGUUCUUGUACUUGAGUUGUGCAGGACCUGCAGGUUUAAGUUCUGCGAUUUUAAGUUCUGUGAUUGGAACGUUGUCCAUAUCCAGUGGAGCGCAGUGUUUGCACGAGUUCCUUAAAAGAUGGAUAGCAAACAAGCUCAGGCAAAAAUUCUUUAAGAAAAAUGGUGGUUUGUUACUACAACGCCGCAAGUCUUCCAAUGGCGGCAACAUUGAAUUCUUUACCGAAAAUGAAUUGGAGAAGGCAACUGACAGCUACUAUGAGAAUCAAAUCCUUGGUCAAGGAGGUCAAGGCACUGUGUAUAAAGGAAUGUUGGAGAAAGGAAGAAUUAUGGCUGUUAAAAGGCUCAAGCAAGUGGCUGAAAGAGUUGAUGUAUUCAAUGAGUAUAUACAUGGCCAAAAUGAGAAUGAGGAAUUUCCACUCACUGGGUACUUAUGCCUACGUAUUGCCAUAGAAGUUGCAGGUGCUCUAUCUUAUCUACAUUCAGCUGCUUCUAUGAGUAUAUAUCGUCAAGAUAUUAAGUCUUCAAACAUACUACUGGAUGAAAAAUAUCGAGCAAAAGUUUCAGAUAUAGGGACUUCAAGAUCUAUUCCAGUUAAUGUCCACAACUUUGGAGUGGUUCUUGCAGAGCUCUUAACUGGACAAAAAUCUAUUCAUUCAACUGACUCAGAAGAAGUAAAAGAUUUAGCACCCUACUUUCUUCAGAAAAUGGAGCAGAAUCGUUUGUUUGAAAUCCUUGAUGCUCGAGUUUCAAAGGAUGACAAAGAACAGGAGAUUAUGAAGUUUGCUGAUCUCACAAGAAGAUGUCUAGACUCAAAUGGGAGACCUACAAUGAGAAAAGUAGCAACAGAAUUAGCAGGUAUUAGAACAUCUAACGGAGCUUCAAUCUCGAAUCAAAAUCCUGAAGAGGAUGAUUGUGUUAAGAUUGAGAUAACAUCUGAAGUUGAAUUUGAAGCCAGUUCAUCUGUUACUGAUGAAUCGAUUUUGGAUAAUAUCACUAGCCUUUGUUUUUAAGCAAGUGUGGCAAUGUAGUAAAAUAAUUAAUUUUGUUUCUGGUUGUAUAUAUCUUAUCCUGUGUUGAAUGUAUUGUGUGCAUUAAGUUCUACAGCAAGUGUGGCAAUGUAACAAAAUAAUUAAUUUGUUUCUGGUUGUAUCUUAUCCUAUGUUGAAUG